CAUGGCUCUCGGAAAGUUCUUGCUGCUGGUCGUAGCAGCGACCGCCAUGGCGGCCCCAUCCAAGAUGAAGGAUGCCGAAGACAUGAUGGCUGAAGAAGGACGUCACGUGCCAGCCUACGCUGCUCCAGCGCCCUAUGCUGCUGCCUCAGCUCCGCGCUAUGGGUCUGUUACUUCCUACAACAGACGUGGAUCCUAUGCCAGCGCCGGCGACUUGGCCAAACCUUCCAUCUACGGCAGCAGCUAUGGAGCAGCCCCAGCUGGUCCCGCCUACAACCCCGCCCCCGCAUACUCCCCAUACAACAAUGCCCCCAAGUACGCCCCCGAACUGAGCGGUCCUUACCACGGUCAGCCAGCAUACGGAUCAAGCUACGGUCCCCAGAGGAACGAAUACUCCGCCCAGUCUCAGCAGCUCUCCCACGAUCCCAAUUAUGAUCCGGCCAAGGAUCCAGUCAGCCAAUACGCCGAAUAUAUCCCAGUAAGAGAAUACACCGGCAAACAGCAUUCCAUCGGGAAUGAACUCAGCAUCUACGGAUACAAAAAAUAACUUCAAAGCAAGACAUCAUUUAUUUAUACUAACAAA